AGCUAGAGAGGGGAAGAGUCCGGGGAAGUCAGUCGGGUCGUAGGAGGGAGAUGCAGGAGUAAGGGGAUGGAGGGAUGGUGGCAUACCUUGGCCCUUGUCUCAGGGUCAACCUCCCACAAUCGCGACAUGAUGAAAGCGGGUGGGCAGAGGUAGGAGCUCGGAUGGAUGGAAGAACAAGACGGGCAGCAAUUGCUCAAUGCUCCAGCCCCUGGAUGCGGUGAGAUCGGGGAGAGGUUCAGCAGAGGGAGAGGGAGAGAGACAGAGAGGGGCCGAUCGGAGGGGAGCCACGGCACUACGUUUAGCCUCGCUCCACCCGCCCGAUCCACUUCUUCCUGGUCAAUAUCCCAGUCCGCAAGCAGACGAGGCCAUGACUACAACCCAUGUGAUUUAUCUAGGUGUCUUCGGCCGGCAGUUCCACGAUUGUUCCAUGGUUCGUGCUCUAUGCAUGACCACGGAUCGAAGAUUCAUAUGUUGACUAAAUUGAUCGCAUCGAAAACACGAUCUAUGGCUUGUGGGAACCCUGUCUCCGCCCGUCAAUGCUCAAAAGGCCAGCUUCCGGUCCACUCAAUCAGUUCCAGGUUGGUCCCAGGGGACCCAUCAGAGAAAGUACCUGGGGAUCUUUUCUGUUCGGUCAGACAUCCGGGAGUGGUAAUCGAUUUGACCGACUAGAAGGAGAUGUGAGCAUGCGUUGAUGUAUAGCACACAAUGGGAGACUCACUCGGAAUGGCCAACUCGGGGCUUGAAGGAUUGAUGAAAGAAAUGUGGCCCGCAGCCCAGGAACAUUCGGGCUGCCUGUUCCAUUCGUCCCGGUAUCUGAG